AUGAAGCUGCUCAACAUCCUGAGCCUGGCGGCUGUGGCCGUGAGCCAGUACACAAAUCCCGUCAUCUAUCAAGAUCUAGCGGACAUUGACAUUAUCCGCGUGGACGACACUUUCUACUACUCUGCGUCCACCAUGCACUACUCUCCUGGCGCACCUGUUCUCAAGUCAUACAAUCUCGUCGACUGGGAGUUCAUUGGCCACUCCGUCCCUCGUCUUGACUUUGGAGAAAGAUACAACCUCCCCAGCGAUCAAUCUGCUUACGUGAAGGGCAUCUGGGCCAGUGGCCUGCAGUACAGGAAGAGCAAUGGCCUCUUCUACUGGUAUGGCUGCAUCAGCGGCGGCAGCAAGACCUAUGUGUACACGGCCACCGACCCAGCUGGCGAGUGGACUCUGGCGGGCUCCCUGAACAAAUGCUACUACGAUUUGGGCGUCCUCGUCGAUGACAAUGACACCAUGUAUCUCGCCUAUGGCGCUUAUACCAUUGGUGUUGCCCAGCUGUCCGACGACGGCUUGAGUGUCGUCAGGGGCCAAUCGGUCUGGGAGGAUACAUCCUUCUACCUCGAAGGCUCACGCUUCUACCAGAUUGAUGGCCGAUACUACAUUUGGCUCACGCAUCCGGCCAACGAACAGCACGUUCUGCGCGCCGAUAAUCCUUGGGGCCCAUACACACAACACACGAUCCUCCAGAGCAUCUCCUCACCCAUCCCUUACUCCGGCGUACCUCACCAGGGUGGCAUCGUCGACACGCCCAAUGGUGACUGGUACUACAUGGGCUUUCUGGAUGCCUACCCAGCCGGACGUCUGCCCGUCCUUGCACCCCUGAGAUGGGAGGACGGCUGGCCAUACCUCGUCACGGACAGCAAUGGCGGCUGGGGACGGGAAUACCCAAUGCCCAAUAUUCAGACCGACAAAUCCGUCAACCCAGUAGGACCUUUUACCGAGAACUUCCAGAACGGAAUGAACGUGGAGUUUGAAUGGAACCACAACCCGGACAACUCGGCCUGGUCCACUGGAUCGGAUGGUCUCACACUCAACACGGCUUCCGUCACGAAUAACUUCUAUCAGGCUCGCAACACUCUCACCCACCGGAUCCUUGGUCCCAAGAGCUCGGCCACCUGGCGACUCAACGUGGGCGACAUGGUCUCUGGCGACGUUGCGGGCGCGGUCAUCAUCCGGGAUGAAUCUGCCUACAUCGGUGUGACCAAGGACAACUCGGGCUCGGUGUCCCUCGUCUUUGUCAACAACCUGAUCCUCCAAGAGCAGAACGGUAGCUGGCAGACCACAUCGGAGGGCAACACUGUCGCCACCGAGACACAGGGCUUGGGGGACAUUGCGUCAGGAAACAGUGACAUUUGGCUUCGCGUCACUGCUGAUGUGACGCCCACGUUCGGGGGUAGCUCUACCAACAGUGCCGUAUUUGAGUGGAGUACCGAUGGUCAGAGUUUCAACCAGCUAGGUCCCGUGUUCUCGGUGCACAACCGCUGGGAAUUCUUUAUGGCCUUCCGAUAUGGUGUGUUUAACUUUGCGAAACAGCAGCUGGGCGGGAGUGUCUUGGUGAAGGAGUUUGACUUGCAGCUAGCGUAG